ACAAAAAUCAAACAAACAAAGUUACAAACGCACCUCUAUUGUUUGCCUGAGGAGAGAAGAAACAGGAGAUGGAAAGUCGGGAAGAACAGUAGUCAUAGCAUACUAUUUGUGAAAUUGGGAUUUGGAAUUAGGGUUUCGCUCGCUUUACUCUUUUGUUCGCCCAUCGUCUUCAUAAGACCUUUAUCUAAGGUAAGGAUGCAUCGUCGGUUGAGAAAAAAGAAAACGAAGAUUAGGCGGCGCAAAAGAAAAUCCCAAGCGAUGAAUCCAUCGCCAUUGUCGCCUCCUUGGGUUGAUUUGCCUUCUGAUGUGACAGCGAAUAUCCUACAGAGACUGGAUGUGGUAGAGAUCCUUCAAACUGCACAGAAAGUAUGCACUACCUGGUGGAAAGUGUGCAAAGAUCCUUCCAUGUGGAAGGUAAUUGAUAUGAGAGAUUCAUUGCCGGACUUCAAUAUUGAAAUCAUGUGUCGCGAAGCUGUUGAUCGUAGCCAGGGCCAGUUGACUGACAUUAACAUUGGGUAUUUCGGAACCGAUGAGUUGAUUUUAUACAUUUCGGAAAGGUGCAGUGGCCUUAAAUCCCUCACUCUCAAGCUUUGCUGUGAUGUUUCGAGCUAUGCUCUGCGAGAAGCAGUUCGAAAUUUCCCCAAGUUAGAAGAGCUGCACCUCUUAUUCCACUGCAUUGGUGCCGAAGAUGUUGAAAAUAUCGGCACAUCUUGUCCUCAAUUGAAGUCUUUCACACUCAAUGCUGCCGGAACAAAUUAUCCAGGAUUGGGACACGAUGAUUCCUGGGCACUGGCAGUUUCAAAAAGCAUGCUGAAUUUGCACCAUCUCUGUCUUCUUGGGCACAACAUGACGAGCGAAGGUUUGGAAGCAAUUCUUGAUGGCUGCCCACAUCUUCAAUCACUUGACAUCCGCCGUUGCUUUAGCAUUGAUCUAAAUAAGGGAAAUCUUGGCAAGCGGUGCUCCGAGAGGAUUAAAGAUCUCAAGUUCCCUCAUGAUGCAAUCGAUGAUUGCAACAAGAUUGCUUCCGAGUUUGUUCAUUGUUACAACUACUAUGACUCGGAAUUUUCGAACUACUCUGAUAGUGACUUGUUCGGAAACUAUGAGGAUUACAGUGAAGGUGACUACGAGGAUUAUACCGAUCUAUUUGCUGAUGAUUUCCUUGCCUCUUUCUUGCCUGGGGGCCAUCAGUAUAUUUGAGACAUCAGGUGAUAUAAUUCUCAGUUCCUUGUUCUAAUCCAAUCUGUUUUUGUCACUACUGAAUAUUUCAACAACACUUUGUUGAUCUUUUGCCUUUUGGGAUCUUUAGAAACAUCAUUUCGGAUU